GGAUGGUGGCAGAGAGAGAGGGAGGUACAGAAUCCAAAGCGGGCUCCAGGCUCUGAGCUGUCAGCACAGAGCCUGACUCGGGGCUCGAACCCAGGAACCUUGAGAUCUGACCUGAGCCAAAGUCAGACGCUUAACCGACUGAGCCACUCAGGCACCCUGUAUUCCUUUUUAAACAAAACUGCCACAUCCCCCAACCCCCAGUGAUCCUCAGAAGAAAUUUCACAUGUGUUCGUAUAUCUUACAAGACCUACGUGGUAUGGCUCCUGCCUACCUCUUUCCUCACCUCGUUACACUGUCUUCUUGUUCCCUUUUGCUUAGGCCACAAUGGACUUGUCUAGGCUCCUCCAACAUUCAGAGCUUACUCUUGCCUUAGGGCUUUGGGCUAGCUGUUCUUCCUGACUAGAAUCAUCUUUAUACCCACAUUUUUACAUGGCCAGCUCUUAUUAUUUAGAUCUCUUUUUUUCAAUGUUUAUUUAUUUUGAGAGAGAGUGUGAACAGGGGAGGGACAGAGAGGGAAAGAGAGAAUCCCAAGCAGGCUCCACGCUGUCAGCACAGAGCCUGACACGAGGCUUCAUCUCACGAACUGUGAGAUCAUAACCUGAGCCGAAAUCAAGUCAGAUUCUUAACUGACUGAGCCACCCAGGCGUCCCUAGAUAUCAUCUUUAAUUUUACUUCUUGUCAUACAGCUUGUUUGCUCUUACUGCACAUCACCUUGUUUUUGUUUGUUUUCUUAGUUCUCAUCAUCCCUAGUUUAUUUGAUCAGUUGGUCAUUGUCAAUAUCCCGCUGCUAGAAUGUACACCUUGUGAAAACUUAAUUCUUGCCUGAUAUGUACCCCGUAAUCCCGAUCUUGAUCUUUGCAUGGUGGGCACUAAGUAAAUACUCCUUGAGUGAGUACAUGUCCAUCAUAACACCAUAAAUAGCCCUCAGAUGAGUUCCAAAACAGCACUGAUGGAGGCCCUGUGUUUCAAAGAGCUUUUUAUGGCCAAUGGCUCUUCUAGUUUUUACUUCUAGCCCCUCUGCAGUUUUCUUGUGGACUUACCUCAAGGGCGGUGGUGGCUGCUGUGGGAGAGGAAGCUGAGGAAUAAAUAACACAACCUGCUGCACUCACAAGUGCCCUGUGCCCUGCCAACCUGAGCUUUGUUACUAAAGCAGCCUGGCUCCUUUUGUUGGAGGGGCUUCUCUGAGUUCUUCAGCUCACCUACAUGCAGGUGUCCUCAGACCCUCUGCACUCAGGCAUGUCUCCCACCCUGCUUCUUUCUCUUGCCUUUAUUUCUCUCUACCCUUUCCUAAGAAUCCAAGGGCGUACUUGUUAGCAAUCCUUGUAUAUGUAUUUAAAAUUUUUUUAAUGUUUAUUUUUGAGAGACAGAGGGUGGGUGGGGGAGGAGCAGAGAGAGAGAAGGAGACACAGAUCCAAAACAGGCUCCAGGCUCCGAGCUGUCAACACAGAGCCCAACGCGGGGCUUGAACCCAUGAGCCAUGAGAUCAUGACCUGAGCUGAAGUUGGAUGCUCAACCGACCAAGCCACCCAGGUGCCCCUAUCCUUGUAUAUUUUGAUAGCACCUUUCUUUAUCCUCCGUGCAAGGGAGACUUACCCGUUUUGUUUAUUUUAGGAUGGGAGAGCUUGUUUGAAACUGCAGUUUCUGAAGAAGACAAUCAGGAAGUAAUGAAUAAACUCCUAGGUGAUGGUCCGUUUGACUUCAAGUUGGGGAAAACCUACGUAAACGAGGACAAGCUAGAGAAGCAGCAAGGCAAAAAGAACAAACCUUUCAGGAAAGUUUUAGUUACCAUCAAGAAUACGUACCUUAGGGAGAAGAGCUUUAUGGGUAUUGAGCUAGGGAAAAAUCUCAGUCUAAAGUCAUCCCUUGUUAGAAAACCCAGACUCGUUUCCAGGGGAAGGAAACCCCAUUCACAGCAGUAUUCCAUUCUGUUUAAACAACUGGGAGUCAACACGGUUCGCAAAUGUUACAAAUGUAACAUCUGUGGGAAAAUCUUCCUCCACAGUUCUUCCCUGAGUAAACACCAGAGAAUCCACACUGGAGAGAAGCUCUAUAAAUGCAAGGAAUGUCGUAAAGCUUUCAGCCAAAGCUCGUCUCUCACUCAGCACCUUAGAGUUCACACAGGAGAGAAACCUUACAUAUGCAGUGAAUGUGGGAAAGCCUUCAGUUUCACCACCUCUCUCAUUGGACAUCAGAGAAUGCACACUGGAGAGAGACCCUAUAAAUGCAAUGAGUGUGGCAAGACAUUUAAAGGAAGUUCAUCCCUGAAUAAUCACCAACGGAUUCAUACUGGAGAAAAGCCCUAUAAAUGUAAUGAAUGUGGGAGAGCCUUUAGCCAGUGCUCCUCUCUGAUUCAACAUCACAGGAUUCACACUGGAGAGAAACCUUAUGAAUGUAGUCAGUGUGGGAAAGCCUUUACCUCAAUAUCGCGGCUAAGUAGACACCAUAGAAUUCAUACUGGAGAGAAACCCUUUAAUUGUAACGAGUGUGGGAAAGUAUUCAGUUACCACUCAGCUCUUAUUAUACAUCAGAGAAUUCACACUGGUGAGAAACCUUAUGCAUGUAAAGAAUGUGGGAAAGCCUUCAGCCAAAGCUCUGCUCUGAUACAGCAUCAAAGAAUUCAUACAGGAGAAAAACCCUACAAAUGCAACGAAUGUGGGAAGGCUUUCUCCUGGAUUUCAAGGCUUAAUAUACACAACAGAAUCCACACCGGAGAGAAACCGUACAAUUGUAAAGAAUGUGGAAAAGCCUUCAGUUCCCACUCAGCAGUUAACACUCAUCGAAAAAUUCAUACUGGAGAGAAACCUUAUAAAUGUAAUGACUGUGAAAAAGCCUUCAACCAAAGCUCAGCUCUCAUUCAGCACCAGAGAAUUCAUACUGGAGAGAAACCAUUUAACUGUAAAGUAUGUGGGAAAGCCUUCAGACAGAGUUCCUCCCUCAUGACACACAUGAGGAUUCAUACAGGAGAGAAGCCUUAUAAAUGUAAAGAAUGUGGUAAGGCUUUUAGUCAGAGCUCAUCCCUUACCAAUCACCAGAGGACUCACACUGGAGAGAAACUAUAAAUAAAACGCAUGUGGAAAAUCUUCCAACUGAAGUUCAUUUCAUACUAAAUUUCAAAAACUUCAUCCUGGGCAGAAAGUGAUGAAGGGUAGUUGAUUGUGAGUUAAACUUCAGAAUUUAGACCACCUCAAAUGAGACUUCAUGAUGCAGGUAACCUUAGGUAUAUUAGGAAAGCUUCUAUAAAGUGUUAUCCCCCCCCCCCCAUAGCUUUUCAAGUAGAGAGUUUGUAAGGUUCUUUUCUCUUCUUCCUGGGGAUAUUGUGACGAGAGCCCCCCCAGCUUUCGCAAGCAUCACAGGGAAGCAUGUUGAUUUAUGUUGAAGUGCAGCCAUAAAAUCCAGACUUUAGAUUAUGGAGGAAUCUAUUUUUUUGAAACAUUUAAGUGUUAUGCAAGCCAGUUAUGCUCAGAAGAAUGUUUUGGAGAAGAAAUGUAAGCAGGUGACCUGUACUACCUCAUUGUCGCUAAAAUGUGUUUUUUAAUAGUUUCAAAGAAAAUUCUGUACUUGGUCGUUGUGGAAACUUUUGUGUUGCUUCUUUUCUGCUUUCCAGGCCAUUUACCUGAAAAGAAAAUCACUCUGUAAACUCUGCGGGCACACAGUCCUGUGAGUUUUCUCCCUAUUUGUUCCGAACUCUGAAGCAGAUCUAAAAUCAUUUUAUUUUAAAUCACAAAAUGCAUGGUAUUUCACUUGGUUUUAUCCGAAAGUGAUUACCUGAAUUAAAGGUUAUUCAAACAACUACUGCUUUUGCAAGUUAAUCUACUGAUAAAUGUUAACAGUUAGCUGAAAAUGUAGCCAUAGGAACAUGACCCUGGGCUCCCAGGCUGUGCCUGCUUCAUAGAGCUCUUGGUUACCACCCACCAGGAAGGCCCUGUCACUGUCCAUCCCACCUGGAGGUAAAAUGAACCAGGUAAUUUUGACUCCCUCCCACACUUCGAGGGCCACUAGACAAAAUUUCAGGCUCUAAGUUCAGUAAAUGGACCAUUAAUGCCCUUCAACAAGUUAGCAUGUUUCAGCAUUUCUAAAAUGUGACUAAUAAUUCCAAUUAGCAACAUUGUCUGGUGUUAUCAGGAGUUGGCAAGCACUUAAGGACUGAAACACCUAUUUUGUUUAAAAGAAAGAAAGAAAAAAAAAGAGACAAGUAAGGAUAAGUUUCUUUCUCUUUG